AUGGCUGCUCCAUUUAACCCACCUACCAACUUGGAUUCCAAACCUGAAGUACCCAAAUGGGUACCUCCCCCUCCUCCCACAGAGGAUUUGGAAUAUGCCAAGCUUCACUCCAUCGACUUGUCCCUGCUCGACUCACCUGAUCCAGAGGUAGUCAAGCAGCUCGUCGAGACUGCCAAGAUCGCAAUCAGAGACGAUGGGUUCUUGUAUUUGGUCAAUUACGGUAUCAACCUCGAACAGCUUCACCGACAGUUCUCAAUCGCUCAAUAUCUCCACAGAAAUAUUUCUGAAGAAGACAAAGAGAAACUUCAUUGGGAUCCUCAAGGUGGUCUUUACGCAGGCUACAAACCUCCUUUCGGAUGGAGAACCAUAAAAGGCAAAUACGAUGGUAUCUCUCAGUUCAACUUCUACGAGGAAGAGUACAAAUCACUCGACAAAGUACCUAAAUGUAUCCACCCUUUCAUGGAUGAGAUCUCAGCAUUUACUGAAUACCUCACCCGAUCAGUCAACAAGAGGCUCCUGACCUUAUUGAGUAAAGUGUUGGAAAUGCCAGAUGACUUCUUAUAUGAGAAUAUCGAGUCGAAAGGUCCCACACCUAUCAACGAGGGUUAUCUCAGACAUGCCUUGUUCCACCCAUUCAAGAACCAGGAGAAAGGUAUGGGUGAAGGUUUGAGGAUGUUCGGUCACACCGAUUUCGGUACGACUACUAUGUUGUUCAGUGUUCCCGUCACUUGUCUUCAAUUGUGGGGUAGAGAUGGUAUUUGGAGAUACGUCAAGUACGCUCCGGGGGCCUUGGUCAUCAACAUCGGUGAUACCCUUGAGCUCAUCUCGGGUGGUCACUUCCGAGCUACAAGACACAGAGUGCACAACCCACCUCCCUCGCAAGAAACCUUCGAGCGACUCUCAGUCGUUCUCUUCAACGGUUCAAAGGGUGAUCUCAGGAUGCAACCAUGUUGGGACUCUCCGUUAAUCAAGCGAGAAGGAUGUUUCGAAUCUCAAGGUGCAUACAAGGAAUUCAAGGUGUUGCAAGACAAAGGUAUACCUAUCCCAACAAACAAAGAAUGGAGAGAGAUCUCAAUCAUAAACACCCGUCAUCCCACCGAUGAGCCUGAGAAACUCUUGAAAGAAGUCACUGUGGAUGGUGUCAAGUAUAUUGAGGUGAUCAACCAAGGUGUAAGAGUGUUGCAACCUUUGUAA